AUGACCGUUGAAGACCAAAAAUCUUACAUUUUCCAAGCCAAGAUUGAUGAACAAGUUCCAGUCGUUCUCAAAGGGGAAGGCACAAAAAUCACAGUUGAAAAAGAUGGUGAAACUAGAGAAUUGCUUGAUGGUGUCACCGGCGCAGCUGUAGGUGCCUUGGGUUGGGGAGACCCUGAUGUAUUGGAAAUGAUCAAUGAAGCUGCCAAGGUCACUUCCUAUUCGUACCCUGCUUUCAUUGGAAAUAAGUACAGUGAAGCUCUUGCCAAGUUCUACAUUGACAAUUCUCCCAAGGGCGCUUUCGCUGCUGCCCAGUGGUGCGGUUCUGGAUCCGAGUCGAACGAGAAUGCCCUCAAGAUCAUCAGACAGUACCACAUGGAAAAGGGAAACAUGAAGAAGAUCAAGUUCAUCUCAAGAAAGACUUCGUACCAUGGUUUUACUACUGGCGCUAUGUCUAUUUCCGACAAUGCCAAGGCAGCUGCUUUUUCUGAUAUCUUGUUACCCAAGGAACAGUUCUUGAAGAUGGAUGUUUGUUACCCAUAUAGACAUCAAAAGAAGACGGAAACAACUGAAGCGUACGUGCAAAGACUUCUUGCUAAUUUGGAAGAUAUCAUCACCGGAGAAGAUCCUGAAACAGUAGCUGCGGUCAUUGUUGAAACAUUGCCAGGUAGUUCUUUAGGAACCUCGCCUCCUCCUCCAGGUUACUUGAAUGGCAUCAGAAAGUUGUGUAACAAAUACGAUAUCGUAAUGAUGUUAGAUGAAGUUAUGUGUGGAACUGGUAGAGUUUCACCAAACGGAGGAUUGAACUGUUGGGAAAACUUCUUGACUGCCGAAGAAGGUCCAGACAUCCAAACUGUAGGAAAAACUUUGGGAUCUGGAUAUGUUACCAUUGCCGGUAUUUUAAUUUCUCCUAAGAUCAGAAAUGUGUUUCUUGCUGGUUCAGGACGCAUUGCAGGUGCCCACACAUAUUCUGGCCACGGUUUCAACUGUUUGGUUGCCUUAAAGAUUCAAGAGAAAAUCAAAGCUCUUGGAUUGACAAAGAACAUCUUUGAAAUGGGUAACCACAUGGGUGCAAAGCUCCAGGAGAGUUUGGCAGAACUGCCAAUUGUAGGUGACGUUCGUGGACUUGGAGGAUUCUGGUCCAUUGAGUUUGUCAAGAAUAAGGACACCAAAGAGAGUUUCCCCAUGCCACUCAAUGUCACCCGUCUUGUUCAGGAUAAGUGCUUUGAUAACGGAUUGACUGUCAUGGGUAACCAGGGAUGCAAUGGAGGGGUUGGAGAUCACAUCUGCAUCGCACCUCACUUCAUAGUAUCUGAGGACGAGAUUGAAACCAUAGUUUCGGUUGUCACCAAGUCUGUAGGGGAAAUUGUUGAUGAGUUGAAGGAAACAGGCGAAUUGUAG